AUGUGGAAUAAUACUACUUACAAUCAAUGUGAACACUCCAUCUAUGAGUCGUGUACACAUCAAAGUGAGUUUACAGCCGAGGAACUGGAGACAGCACGGGUAUGGCUACAAAACAAGAUGCUUGAGGCCGACAUUAAGCCUCGAGGAAAGCCAUGCGAGACACUGUAUGUACGAAAAGAUUUCAAAUGUAUGUCAAAUCGGGAACGGCUAGAGUUUAUACGUGUCAUACGUGUACUCUACGAAAAAGGAAUUAUGGACAGGUUUGCCGGUAUACACGCUCGCUAUUGGGCUGAAGUACACAAAACAGCACAGUUAGGUCCAUGGCACAGGUGGUUUGUCAAUGAAUUGGAAAAACAAAUGCGAAUAAUCAAUCCUAAAAUAACAAUUCCUUAUUAUAAUGCACAGUUAGACGCAAGUAGACCAGAAAAAUCAAUGGUAUGGCGCUAUUUAGGUCAACAUGGAGUCCACAAUACGGGCUUUUGUGUGACCGACGGUCCUCUAUAUGGAAAACUAGAUCUAAACUGGUGUGUAAAACGCCAGUGGGGACCAAACGGUACGAUACCGGCUAUUGAUGGACUUGAAUUAAAUACUAUUUGGCUUCAACUAAGCCCUAGCUUUUUGAUAGCCAACUUUAUCCAAUCGGGUCUACACUUUAAUACGCACCUGGCAUUUGGUGGAUAUCGUGGAGAUAUGUCAGUAGACACGGCACCCAUUGACAUCCAGUUCUAUUUGUGGCACAAUUAUCAAAUGAAUAUAAUGAUGUUAAAAUUUCAGCUACAAGAUAGAAGAUACCUGACCCCACUUGACUAUCGAACUGUUCCUAAUGUCAAUCAGGAAACUGGAUUAUUGGAAUCAGUAGAUUUAGGAGUCGAUCAACUCAUAUAUUAUAAGACACCAGUUGUAGACGUAUUUCACGUCGGUUAUGGUGACUUGUGUUCAGUACCGGACCAAAUAGUCAGUGCCAUCAAUCAGGUGGUGCGCAACGAAACAAUAGUACCGUUGGCUGUAAAACGGAUGCCAUUUCUUGUAAAAUUCAAACUGUUUCCAAAAUUUUUGUCCAAAAAUUUCAGUCCAUUUGUUCACUCAUUUGAAGAGGUGGGCAAUUGUAAUCGUGAGUGUCGACCGAUACCGCAAUUUCAACCGUAUGUGUCCACACAAAACGGUAAACGACAGUUAGCCAGGUAUUACUACGACGAAAACUUUAACGUCAAACCAGUUUUGAUUGCAUCGCAGGCUUUCCAUUCACUGGCCAUUAAAUAUAUGAAUGCUUUGGGCUAUUGUUCACCAUAUGUUACCUCAUAA